CCAAGGCGUCAUUGAGUGCGCUGUUAAAACAAUUGAAAUCGAUUACAAUUGAAGUUAUGCUGUCAAUCAUCCUGCAGACGGAAACGAGAGAAGAUGCUUGCCAUGAUUUAUAUUCAGUCUUGCCAGUACCUAAAUAUGUGAGUUGAACAUCGUAUUUCAUUAAAAGCCAUCGUCAUCCACUAUUGAAGGUUCUGAUGUGCUGUCGCUAGUAGAUAUGAUACGCCCACGAUUCCCGACACACACAAUAUAUAUAUGUUUAUCUAUGGAUUAACAUUCAAUUUAAUUUAUAUGUAUUUGUUUUAUAUUGUUAUUUGUUGUAUGUCUGUUUAGUAAUGUUCUCUUUUUUUAGCUCCUUGCACUACCUGUAGACUUUUGAUAUGAGUUCUUUAUUUUUCGCUACCCAAAGGUUGCCUGGAAGAGAUCGCGCCUAAUUGGCACCGAGUCGUCCGAGUCGGCACCUACCAUAUAAGUAAGUUACACAUUAAUUGGAAGUACACUAUAACUACAACCGAUUAUUCCAAUAACAGUUGUGUUUUGUGAAGUGGUAAUACAGGAAAUCAAUCGAUUUUAUAUAAGCCAGACUAAGAUCCUACAUUGCUACUAUAAGUAUAUAUCACUAAAUACCGUUAAUGAUUACACACGCGAACACAGUCGCGGGCACAGCUAGUGAAUUUAUAUUAUCACCUGGACAUAGCACGAUUGCGUCUUUUAUUGCCAAUAAAUAAUUUUCCCAUUGAAAAUUCGAUUUCAACUAAGAAUGAAGCAAUUUUUGUUAUUUUCAUUAUCAGUUUUAGGUUCGUCUUAGAUUGUUAGAUUACAAUGGCGGUAAUCAUUUUAGCGAUAUUGGUUAUCAUUGCUUAUUUCCUGUAUUACCACUUCACAAAACACAACGAUUAUUGGAAUAAACGAAAUGUUGUCGGCCCAAAACCGACUUUCUUCUUCGGAAAUGUAAAGGAUGCAGUACUAAGAAGAAAACCCUUUGGCCACAUAUUUAAGGAUAUCUACGAUAUGUACCCAGAAGAAAAAGUGGUAGGAAUGUUCGUGAUGAGAUCCCCAGAAUUGUUAGUAAGGGAUUUAGAUGUAAUAAAGAAUAUACUAAUAAAAGACUUCGAUAUUUUUGUGAGCCGUGGUUUUGAGUUCAAAAAUACGGGUUUUGGUGCGAAUUUGUUUCAUUGCAAUGCUGAUACCUGGCGACUGUUAAGAAGCCGCUUCUCCCCGCUCUUCACUCCAGGAAAGCUAAAGAAUAUGAUGUAUCUUUUAAGUGAAUGCGGGGACAAAUUUGUGGAGUAUGUAGCCCGGGUCACACAGUUAAAUUUGGAGCAAGAAGUCCACGACAUGACACGAAAGUAUACCCAGGCUGCCAUAGCCGCUUGUGCGUUUGGUGUAGACAUCGACUCUUAUAACCAAGAACAGGAAACUUUUCAUAAGGUACACAGUAAAAUGUUUAUCAUGACCCUCAAUCGUGACCUGGAGCUGAUGUAUCCUGGAAUAAUGGUGAAAAUUGGAGGCUCACUUAUAUCUGCAGAGACAAUCACAUUCUUUAUCGAUUUGGUAAAAGGCGUCACUGCGCAAAGAAAUGGUAAACCAACCAAUAGAAACGAUUUCAUGGAUUUAAUUUUAAAAAUGAGGGAACAGAAACACGUUUCUGAACUAAUGAGAGACAACAAUGUUACUGAGACGAGUUUAGAGCUAACUGACGAAGUCAUAGCGGCACAGGCAUUUAGUUUUUAUGCUGGGGGUUAUGAAACCAGUGCGGCAACCAUGGGUUUCUUCCUGUACCAGUUAGCUCUCAACCCAGAGAUCCAAGAAGAGGUGGUGGUAGAAAUCAAAGAAGUAUUGAAGAAACAUAAUGGCGAGAUGAAUUUAGAAACUGUUAUGGAUUUAUCUUACAUGGGUCAGGUUUUCGAUGAAACAUUGAGAAUGUAUCCAAUUAUUUCAGAUUUGAAAAGAAAGUCUAAUCGCACCUAUACGAUACCCGGUACAAAUGUAACCAUAGAGAAAAAUCAGUUGAUUAAAAUUCCGACACUUGGUAUCCAUUAUGACGAGAGGAUAUAUCCUAACCCUGAGAAGUUUGACCCGGAGAGAUUUUCUUCAGAGAAUGAGGCAGCGAGGCACCCGUGCGCAUAUUUGCCUUUCGGACUUGGACCUAGAUACUGCAUUGGGAUCCGCUUCGCACAGAUACAAAUCAGGAUGUGUAUGGCGAAGCUCCUCUCUCAGUUUCGGGUGGAACCUUCUAAGAAUACGCCCCGACAAUUGCAGUACGAGCCUCGACGUGUUGUGUUGUACCCCAUAGGCGGUAUUCCGAUCAACUUCAUUAAAAGACAUUGAUGUAUGACGAUGCGGCAUUACAUCUGCUUUUGGCAUCUAACAGUUUUGCCCUAAUAUAUAUAAGAACGUUAAUGUGAUAUUGAAAAACUUAUUCCAUUAUAUGUAUGUAUACCGUAGUCCUGUACAAUAAAGUAUACGUUCGAA